GGUGAAUGGAAUAAGGAAUACUUCAAAACGGGGAAUGGAAUGCUUGAACAACCAACGCUAAAAUUGUGCUAAACCGAUGCAUGGUGUAUUUAAUUUGAAGCAAAUCUCACGUCUAGUACCGUCAGACUGUGUUGAACGGGGCUGGGUACCAGUAUUCUGUUUACCGAAGAGAAGGAGAAAGAGGCAGUGAAUGCUUCGGAAGCUUCUCUGGUGAAUGUGACCUCAUAAGAAGGCCACCUCUGCGCAAUAUAAUGCAUACUAUUGUCUAGCCAUGAUUAGGGUUUUUUUCCCGACCACCGAGAAAAACAAAUUAUGUAUUCAAUUUAUGUAUGAAUUCAUCCCCAAAAAGCCAAAAAAGAUUAGUUAGCCUUUUUAAAUUAAGAAUAUCAAAUACUGGCAUUCAAGUGCAAGUAGCAUGUGCUUGGCGCUACAAUUUUUAAUGUUUAUUACAAGCUUAUUCUUUAUGCCUAUUAAAUCAAUUCGCGGAGCACAGUGGGACUCGAUUUAUUGUUCUAUUGCCGAUUAUUAAUACCCACAAAAUUUGCGCAAGGUCAGUCAGAUGAGGCGAGCAAAUAGCACAAAGCAAUAUUCCGACGUACAAUCUUGAUUCAACGUUGCAGUGAUGAAAGUGUCACAAAUGUUCUCUGUUUUGCUUUUUUUGACCAUAACGCUACCUCAGGAAUGUUCAUCGUGCUUCAGUCGAAGAAGACGAACUAGCCCGCCAUGCCAGUAUCGGGAUUGCAAAGUGUCUGGAUGGUCAACCUGGUCAUCCUGUAACCAUCGGUGCGGCUCUGCUGGUAUUCAGACGAGGACGAGAUCCAAGACUGUCCAACAGCAGUGUGGCGGUUCGUGUCUAUAUCCUUUAUCGGAAUCGCGAAGCUGCAACCGUUACUGUUAUAAUGGAGGGACACCCCAACAAGGUUACUGCAGCUGCAAGCCAGGAUUCACAGGGACAUGCUGCCACAAUGAUAUUAAUGAAUGCGAUUCGUCUCCGUGUGACCACUACUGCCAGAACACCUAUGGAAGCUACUACUGUUCGUGCAAAAGCUGCUACACCAAGUACGGAAACAGAUGCAGUCUGGUGCAGUGCGCGAUUAAUUAUUAUUACUGUCACGCAUAUGGUGCAAUAAACCCAGCUAAUCCGUGCCAGCAAUGUAAUAGCAACAACAAGUUCCACUGGACUAACAAUAAUCACCUUCCGUGCAACGAUACUAACCCCACGACAAAGAACGACUACUGUGACAAUGGCGUAUGCAAGGGACACCCAUACAACUGCUUGCCGUGCGAGACACAAAACGGCAUAGGAUGCUCCCUGAAGCCCGAGUUCUGUGUCAUAGAAUACAAUGGAAACCGCAAAUGCUUCUCCGAGGGAACCCUCAAUCCAGUAAAUCCUUGUCAGCAAUGUAAUAGCAACGACAAGUUCCACUGGACUAACAAUAAUCACCUUCCGUGCAACGAUAAUAACCCCACGACAAAGAACGACUACUGUGACAAUGGCGUAUGCAAGGGACACCCAUACAACUGCUUGCCGUGCGAAACACAAGACGGCAUAGGAUGCUCCCUGAAGCCCAAGUACUGUGUCAUAGAAUACAAUGGAAACCGCACAUGCUUCGCCGGGGGAACCCUCAAUCCAGGAAAUCCUUGUCAGCAAUGUAAUAGCAACGACAAGUUCCACUGGACUAACAAUAAUCACCUUCCGUGCAACGAUAAUAACAGCACGACAAAGAACGACUACUGUGACAAUGGCGGAUGCAAGGGACACCCAUACAACUGCUUGCCGUGCGAGACACAAAACGGCAUAGGAUGCUCUCUGAAGCCCCAGUACUGUGUCAUAGAAUACAAUGGAAACCGCAAAUGCUUCUCCGAGGGAACCCUCAAUCCAGUAAAUCCUUGUCAGCAAUGUAAUAGCAACGACAAGUUCCACUGGACUAACAAUAAUCACCUUCCGUGCAACGAUAAUAACCCCACGACAAAGAACGACUACUGUGACAAUGGCGUAUGCAAGGGACACCCAUACAACUGCUUGCCGUGCGAGACACAAAACGGCAUAGGAUGCUCCCUGAAGCCCCAGUACUGUGUCAUAGAAUACAAUGGAAACCGCAAAUGCUUCUCCGAGGGAACCCUCAAUCCAGGAAAUCCUUGUCAGCAAUGUAAUGGCAACAACAAGUUCCACUGGACUAACAAUAAUCACCUUCCGUGCAACGAUAAUAACCCCACGACAAAGAACGACUACUGUGACAAUGGCGUAUGCAAGGGACACCCAUACAACUGCUUGCCGUGCGAGACACAAAACGGCAUAGGAUGCUCCCUGAAGCCCCAGUACUGUGUCAUAGAAUACAACGGAAACCGCAAAUGCUUCUCCGAGGGAACCCUCAAUCCAGGAAAUCCUUGUCAGCAAUGUAAUGGCAACAACAAGUUCCACUGGACUAACAAUAAUCACCUUCCGUGCAACGAUAAUAACCCCACGACAAAGAACGACUACUGUGACAAUGGCGCAUGCAAGGGACACCCAUACAACUGCUUUUUUUUUACUUGUCUCGUUCUAUAAAUUCUACUUGAUGUUGUCUCUAUGUCUCUUAAUUGAUUUUGUCCUGCAAAAUACCUAGCAGUCGUGUUCUUGUACCUGAGUGGUUAGUCUAGUGGUUAGCACACUUGCCCGGAGGGGACUCUCCUGAAAAGUAGACGGUUGUGAUAGUCCUAUAUGAAAUUUUGGCCAACCGCUAUCCCUUAGGGGAUGUUGAAGGAUUUUUCUGACUCUGCUAUCUCUUAGGGUAAUACAAUUCGACAAACUGCUAUUCCUUAGUGGGUCUUUAACAGUUUCUUUCGAUUAUGCUAUCUCUAAGGUUAUAAAUUUCAACUAACUGCUAUUCCUUAGGGGGUGUUUAAGUUUUUUUAGAUUCUGCUAUCUCUAAGGGGUAAAAAUUUCUGAUGACUACACCCAAAGUGCUAUCUCUUAGGGUUAAAAUCGAUUUUACAGACGAUCACCCCCGUUUGUUUUUAUCGGAGUCCCCCCUCCCCCGGGCACACUGGUCUGUCAUCGUUACAGUCCGAGUUUGAAUUAUCUGCUCUGAAUUCGGGGAAUUAUCUAGGUUCAGGUCUGGAUUUGAAUAAGAUGUUGUAAUUGGGUUGAACUAUUUUCUGCUUUGCUUCCAGUCUUUCGGAUGAGACACAAAACCGAUUUCCUGUCUCCUAAACGCUUGUUUGCAUGCGCAGAGAAACUCUGUCCUGCAAAAGCCCUGUUUUUGCGCCCUAACCCCACGGGACCCCUGAAAUCUUGUAGACGGCCAAUUGAAGACGUAGUUUUAUUGAAUGAUUGCUUUUGUUUUACACAGCAAUGUAAUGGCAACAACAAGUUCCACUGGACUAACAAUAAUCACCUUCCGUGCAACGAUAAUAACAGCACGACAAAGAACGACUACUGUGACAAUGGAGCAUGCAAGGGACACCCAUACAACUGCUUGCCGUGCGAAACACAAGACGGCAUAGGAUGCUUCCUGAAGCCCAAGUACUGUGUCAUAGAAUACACUGGAAACCGCACAUGCUUCUCCGAGGGAACCCUCAAUCCAGGAAAUCCUUGUCAGCAAUGUAAUGGCAACAACAAGUUCCACUGGACUAACAAUAAUCACCUUCCGUGCAACGAUAAUAACAGCACGACAAAGAACGACUACUGUGACAAUGGCGUAUGCAAGGGACACCCACACGUCUGCUUGCCGUGCGAGACACAAGACGGCAUAGAAUGCUUUCUGAAGCCCGACUACUGUGUCAUAACGUACAAUGGAAACCGCACGUGCUUUUCCGAGGGAACCCUCAAUCCAGGGAAUCCUUGUCAGGUUUGUAACUCUUUUGCCAGCCCCAGUACCUGGUCAAAUCUGGAAGGUGCCCCGUGUGAUGACCGCGAUAAAUGCACUCGUUCAGAUAGGUGCACUGGUGGGCUCUGUGUUGGAUCGAAGUUCACAUGUUCGCCUGACUGUCAGGUCUGCAAUGGCGACUCCUGCAGUCUGAAACCAGGGUUUGGAUUUGUCAACGGCGCGUGUGUCCCGACGGCGUGACCAGCUGAGCGACGAUAGCGUGACAUUCGUGAAUCGAACACGUGACUGACCGGCUGCCACGUGAAUCCAGCGACAGUUGGGAAACUCACGUUGGCGACGGUCAGGUAGUUCUUAUCGCGUUGUAUUUUCGCGUUAUAUUGUUUGUUCUCAUUAUUUUAUACCGGCGUGUUAGCCAUGAACUAUUCAAGAGACUUAAAUUUACAUUAUCCGCUAGGCUUAUGUUACAGGACAGGUUGUCAUAUUGUUUAGUUUAUAAUAUAGUAUUUCAUGUUCCUAUCUUGAAAAACGGAAGUUCUUAAGUUUUGUUUAUCUUUAAUGAUACCUUAGAUUUUGUUUACAAUUGAUAGUUUCCUUAUUCUAGAUUUUAGCACGCCCGUGGACCCUCCGCUUCGAUGACCUUUUGGUGCAUCUAAAUCCAGGGAGUGUCCAGUUUCCUAUAUGUGGCAGAACUGUGGUUUCUUCUUUUCGUUUCGAAUAUUUUACUUGGCAAGCUAAUCUCUUGAAUUUUCUUCGAAACCACAUGCCAUUUUCACCCCUUGGUUUAGACAUCAUUUAUUUUUAUCGUUUUUUUUUUGUUUAAAGGAAAAUGUUGUAGUCACGCGCUCUUUGAGCAUGCGCAGUUUUAAAAGUUGCUUAAUCAUUACUGUUAUCUUAGAGUUACCUUUCAUUGAUUAUUUUGUAAAUACGCAGGGACAGGAGACCAGCUCUGUGAUUUCCAACGCCCUCGCGCUUUUGGCUGAUUGGUUCGUUUUGCCAUGUCUACCCAAUUCUCCCCGUUCCCUAUUUUACAUUUAUUCUCUUUCUUCAUGCGGGACUACCACAUGGAUUGCUGUCUUGUCCUAGCGAAUGAUUAUAGCGAGCCCACUUCUGUAGUUAUGUGCUGUAUAUGUUGUUGCGAAUGUAAACAAUUAAAGCAUUGGAAAAACCA